AUGUGGGGAUCCAAUAUUACCAUGGGAAAGGGAAAAACCAUCGAAAACGUGAUCAAUUGUACUGGCUCAUGCUUGCUAAAUACUGGAUCAAAUACACACUUGAAUUUCUCAUCUGGCACCUUCUCAUGUAUUGAUCUUAGCUUUAGUGACCCCAAACUUGCCCCUUCACUAAAUUGGCAUACCGCUAAUGAUCUAUAUGAUAGCAAUCAUUAUCCUAUUAUCAUAUCCUCCAGUAUCCCUAACCAAAAUGAUACUUUAUCCAGAAGGUAUUGGCGCUUAAACUCUGCCGACUGGACUAGUUAUACGUCUCAAACGAAGUCCAACCUAUCGGAAUUAUCUCUCACAGAUGAUAUAAACAAUAACAUACUGAGGAUUACAGAUGCUAUACUUUCAGCUGCUCAUCAGCACAUUGGUAAAAAUAAUAUCUGUCCUAAACAAAAAACUGUCCCUUGGUGGAACUCCAGCUGUGAAAGUGCUAUAAAACAACAAAAAAUAGCACUUAAUUUUUAUCGUAGUCAUAAAAUACAAGAGAACCUUAUCAAUCUGAAGAGAACCAGAGCCAAGGCUAGAUAUAUUAUAAAGCAAACAAUAAACGAUAUUUGCUCUGAUCUCCUGCCUCCCAUCAAGUAUGCUUUAUAUGCAGACGACUUGUUUAUUUACUGUCCUGGCACGUCUACUCCUACUACAACUAAUCUAAUUCAGUCAGCAGUAAACACCCUAAGUAAAAAUAUAACUCGCUUAGGAUUAACUUUUUCACAAACAAAAUCCAGAAUUAUUAAAUUUAGUAGACGACCAUCUACAUUAUCUCCUACUAUCCUCAUUAACAAUGACCGCCUUCCUGUUGUUGAUCACUGUAAAAUACUUGGUCUAACAUUCGACUCUCGGCUCACCUGGAAACAACAUAUUCGAGAAAUCAAAGGCGAAUGCGGCAAAAGAUUAAACCUUAUUAAAAUCCUUUCGCAUUACCAAUGGGGAGCAGACGAAAACUCCCUUAUCAAAAUUUAUAGGGCCAUCAUUCGCUCGAAAUUAGAUUAUGGCUGUCACAUAUAUAUCUCGGCCACAAAAUCUGAUCUCGAUCUCCUGAACUCGGUGCAUAAUACAGCUUUACGCCUCUGUUUAGGUGCUUUUCGAUCUAGUCCUGCAGAAAGCAUUUACUGCGAAGCUAAUGAGCCCCCUCUUUGGAUCAGACGGCAGCAAAUUCUGCUUUCUUACGCAGCCUCCGCAUCGGCUAACCCCCUCAAUCCUGUCUACUCGCUUUUCACAUCAAAUUCUAACACGUUACACAACUCCUCAGCCUUGCCAUUAUUAAAACCUAUCCCUUUAAUUUUAUCCCAGCUGCUUGACGGCGUCAACCUCAAACAAACUAGCCCCCUUCCUAUCCCCUCUACUCCCCCAUGGACUAUCAACAUUCCUAAAUUCAACACAUCCCUUAUGAGAUACAAUAAGCAUGCAACACCCAAACAAUUAAUUAUAAAUGAUUUUAAUGACAUAAUAAUGAAUAACCACUUUGAUUUAGUGUUAUACACAGAUGCAUCCAAAAAUGAAACAGGAGUAGGCUGCUCUGUUACAACGUCACAAAUUGCAAUAAAAUCUUCCCUUAUCCCAUCAACCUGUAACGUUCACACAGGUGAACUAUUCAGCAUUCUACAGGCCAUCAAUUCAAUCUCUCCACCUUAUAAGCUCGUCGCCAUAUGUACAGACUCACUUGCCUCUAUUUUAUCCAUCCAAAAUAUAUUUACCGAACAUCCUAUUGUCCAAUCAAUACAUGACUCCUACCAGCUUAUCUCAUCCCAAGGAAUAGCAGUUACUUUAAUUUGGAUACCUUCCCACAUUGGCAUCGAAGGCAACGAACUAGCAGACAAACAGGCAAAAAUUGCAGCUACAUAUACCGUCACCGACAAUGUAAUUAUUGGAAAGGAUUUAAAAUCACAGUUCAAAAGAAAAUCCAGAGUUACAUGGCAGCAGCAUUGGGACACUAUUAACACAUCCCUACGUCAAAUACAGCGUUCAAUUGGUAACCAACCUAUUAUCUUCGCUGGUCUCUCAAGGCAAGACUUAACUGCGAUUAGAAGAGUAAGAAUUGGCCAUUCAAGACUUACUCAUGGAUAUCUUAUGACUACUACUGCCAGACCAUUUUGCUCCAGCUGCAACUCGUACCUAACCAUGAAGCAUAUUUUGACCGAGUGUCGCAAAUAUACCGUCGAAAGACAACAGUUUCGGCUUAGCCAGAACUACAAUGAAGUCCUUAACAACUCGGAACAAAUUACCUCUCUACUUCAGUUUCUCAAAGAUGUACAGCUGUACCACCAACUAUAG